UGUUGUGUGAGUAAGCAUCUUCAUAUAAAAAGCAACAUGUAUUGUUUCUGAAAAGACCUCUUCAUCGGACCAACUAUUUCAUAGGAUAAGUUAUCGGGAGACUGAACUGAAUCAAGAUUUUGAGGAUAUAAAAUAUUGAUCUGAACAACAAACAUGGCUCCAACAGAGGGUGUAAUUCUGUUGCUAUUAACUAUCACCUUGGUCAAUGGACUUGGAUAUUAUAGGUAUAAUAAUGCACACUAUUCAACUGGUCAUCGAAACACAGAUAGAAGUGAUGACAGCUCGGAAGAAAAUCGAGGUUCUGUUAUCUCAGUGAACAGAGCCAGAUGGCAUCGAGGACCACCAGGUCCACCAGGACUACGUGGUCAACAAGGUCCACCAGGAUACUCUGGAAAAACAGGCACUGGAGUUCCAGGACCACCAGGUCGUUCAGGGCAACCAGGCCCACAGGGGCUCCCUGGCCUAGGAAAGCAGGGUGUUCCAGGAGCACCAGGAAAGUCAGGUGAAAUAGGCUAUCCUGGACCAAAAGGGAUUAUGGGAUCACAUGGCAUGCAAGGACAGAAAGGCUCAGCAGGUCCAAGAGGAUUUCCAGGGCCAAAUGGGUUGUCGCUUCCUGGUAAACCGGGUGAACUAGGGCCACGGGGUGCUCCUGGACCUACAGGCCCACCUGGAAAAAUAGGAGAAGCAGGGUAUCCUGGUCCAAUUGGUGAAAAGGGAGAAAGAGGAGUUGGAAUACCAGGGCCUACAGGUGAGAGUGGUACACCUGGGCCACCAGGGCCACAAGGAGUUCGCGGUGAAGCAGGAUACGGCAAACCAGGAUCCUCAGGCCUUCCUGGCAAACCUGGAGAAAAAGGUGAAAAGGGAUUACCAGGUUCACAUGGUUACUCUGGUAAACCAGGUCAAAAAGGCCCACCUGGAUUACCUGGACCCCCAGGUAUUGGAAAGCCUGGAGUGGUUGGCAUACCAGGGUCUCCAGGAUCUCCUGGUCCCACUGGUCUUCUUGGUCCCCGAGGAUUGCCAGGUGAGCCCGGACUUCCUGGUUUUGGGAGAACAGGCCCACCAGGGCUUAAAGGAGAUACGGGUGCACCAGGCCCAGCUGGAUACCCAGGAGACAAAGGUGAACCAGGUGUUCCAGGCAAUCCAGGUGCCUCUGGACUUUUAGGACCAUCUGGUCCACGUGGUCCUCAGGGUCUACGAGGUGCACCUGGUGUACCUGGUACAACAGGAGCUAAAGGGGCAGCAGGACCUGCAGGAACUCAAGGAUAUCAAGGACCAAAGGGUGACGUGGGUCCCGGGGGUGCCCCAGGAAAAUCAGGAAUUUCAGGAGAACCUGGCAUGCCUGGGUCACAAGGCCCGCCUGGACCACUUGGCCAAAAAGGAGCCAUUGGACCCACUGGGUCUCCUGGCAUAACAGGAGAAACUGGUUCUCCAGGUUUUCCAGGGCCACCAGGAUUCUCAGGUGAGGUUGGAGUGAAUGGUCCUCCUGGCCCUUCUGGCUCAAUAGGCCCACCUGGUUAUCACGGACCCCCAGGCUUCCCUGGAGAAAAAGGAGAUCCCGGACCUCCAGGGCCACCUGGACCACCAGGUCUUUCUUCUGGCUUUAAUGAAAAGUUACUUCAUGGACCACCAGGCCCGGAAGGCCCAGAAGGUCGUCCAGGUCCACCAGGGCUUCCUGGUCCACCAGGGCCUCCAGGGGAAGGUGCACAACCAGGAAAAUAUGGGGGCUUUAAUGGUUACAUAACACCAGGAGUCCCAAAUUCAUAUCCAGCUUUCUCGGCCAUUCUUUCAGAAUCUUUUCCAGCAGCAAGGCGACCUAUAGCAUUUGACAAAAUACUAACCAAUCAAAAUAAUGAUUAUGAUCCAUCAACUGGAAUAUUUAGCUGCAAAGUGCCAGGCAUCUAUCAAUUUACUUACCAUUUGCAAGUCAAAGGGGGAAAUGUAUGGGUUGGUCUGUUCAAAAAUAAUGAACCCAUAAUGUACACAUAUGAUGAUUAUACAGAAGGUUAUGUUGACCAAGCCUCAGGAAGUGCUCUAGUACACUUACGAGAAAAUGACCAAGUUUAUCUUGAGUUACCUUCAGUUGAGUCGAAUGGUGUAUAUUCUUCUGAUUAUAUGAAUUCAUCCUUCUCAGGAUUUUUAAUUAGUCAAACUAUUUGAUGCCCAUCAUCCAUCCUGGCAAUUCCCCCAGUCACCUGCCAUCACUCACAAUUACCCCACCUCCACCAUAAAUAGCUGCAAGUAGUUCAUGCAUGUUCAAGGAGUGCUCACAAUGCACACAGAAUACAUCAAAAGCACUCUAUAUCUAAAAUGUUAUGGGGCUUUUGCUGAAGAUGGUGAAUAAACAUAGCACAUAUCCCAGCCCCUAUCUAGACACGUGGGCUGUGGUUGAAAUUCAUUUCCACGGUAUGUAUCAAACUGGCAUAUUACUACAUAGGACUAAAUGGCAGAUUCUUCAGUUUCAGUAACAUUCAUAGAAAAUACACCACAAAAAGCACCACUGUUUCAAAGGGGAGUUAGUAUCACUCAGUCAUCUCCAUCCUACCAAAGAACAACAGCAGAGAAUUGCCAUUACUCUUACCUAAAAUGUAUCUCUUCCAGAAUUUAUUAUUAUCUGUCACAUUAUAAUUUACUGAGAUUCCUUGACUAAAUGUAUACAGUUUUAGUCCAUGUACCAGCAAGCAUCCGUAUAGCUUCAGAAGGAAUCUUGAGGUGUUCCUAGAGAAUCACAACAUUCAGCCAUGUCUCGUGUCAGCAGGAAAAUAAAGAACCCAUUGUCAUGCUGAAUUAGGUUGCAAGUACCAAGUGCAAGUAGUGUGAAAAGCACUGUAAAACAAUUAGAACAGGUUUUCUAAUUUUAAUUUUCUUAAAAUGAAAUGUCACAAAACAAAUGGACAUUUAAAUAAAACUUGUACUUUUUUGCACAGGCUUAUAUGUAAAGCCAAUCUAACCUACUUCAAUAAUUAUAGAUUUGAACCAUUCUUAGGAUACAAAUUACUUACUCCACAUUUAAAUCCCAGAAAGGUGCUUUGGUUGAUAGAGACUUUUAACAAUUUACAAAUAAAAGGAAUCAACUGGCAACCUUGUACAAUGAAAAACCAUGUUGAACUUUUUUUUAAUAAACGCAAGGCUCUACUGUCCAAAAUUAUACUAGAAACUGUACUGAAAGCAAUAAUAGCCAGAAAGCUUUAUAUUAUGUCAAAAUGUGUAUUUUAUAUAUUAAAAAAAUAAAAUUGU